UUCUAGAAAAAGAUCCUACUGUUUCCCAUCAACCUCGAUGUUUAUUUAAGUAUGAACACAAAGUGUUUGUUUUAUUGUAGCAUUGAGUUAAGGAUAAAUGUUAGUUGCUGAUUGGAAGUAGAAGAACAGUGGCCCAGGCACCCAGCAAUGUGGGAAUUCCAGAGGCCAUCUAUGAAAGAUCCAGUGGCCGAUUUAGCUUCGCAUUUUCCCUGUUAUUCUUUGUAUUUUCGUUCGUAGAUUUCAGAAAGCUUCCAUAACCUCAAACGGAGGCCACCCUCUGGACAGGUUUUUCCAGUUUCUUUAAUAAUAGUGAGAGACUGGGUUCCAUGGAACCAAAGGUCAUUAGUGGAAUCCAGUUCUCAAGCCUCCCCAGCAGUUACAUCCGUCCAGAAUCUCAGAGGCCGAAACUGUCUGAAGUUGUGGAAUGCGAUAAUGUUCCAAUUGUUGACUUGGGUUGUGGAGAUCGAAGCCUAAUAAUUAAACAAAUUGGAGAUGCCUGUCGAGAAUAUGGAUUCUUCCAGGUGACAAAUCAUGGAGUUUCAAAGGAGGUGGUGGAUAAAAUCCUGGGAGUGGCUCAUGAAUUCUUUAGAUUACCUGUGGAAGAGAAGAUGAAAUUGUACUCUGAUGACCCUUCCAAAACUAUGCGACUUUCCACGAGUUUUAAUGUGAAGAAGGAGACUGUUCAUAAUUGGAGGGACUAUCUCAGGCUUCAUUGUUAUCCGUUGGACAAAUAUGUGCCCGAGUGGCCUACUAAUCCCUCUUCUUUCAAGGAUAUUGUAAGUAGUUACUGCAUGGAAGUUCGACAACUUGGGUUCAGAUUGCAGGAAGCCAUAUCAGAGAGCCUAGGAUUGGAUAAAGACAGCCUCAAGAAUGUCUUAGGAGAGCAAGGGCAACACAUGGCUAUGAACUAUUAUCCUGCAUGCCCAGAACCAGAGCUGACGUAUGGAUUACCAGCACAUACAGAUCCCAAUGCCCUCACCAUUCUCCUUCAAGAUUUGCAAGUAGCUGGGCUUCAAGUUCUCAAGGACGGAAAAUGGAUGGCAAUAAAACCUCAGCCGGAUGCUUUUGUCAUUAACAUCGGUGAUCAACUCCAGGCACUGAGCAACGGGAAGUACAAAAGCGUUUGGCAUCGCGCUGUAGUAAAUGCAGAUAACGCAAGACUCUCAGUGGCUUCCUUCCUCUGCCCAUGCGACAGCGCAAACAUUAGUGCUCCAAAGGGACUCACAAGUGGAGAAGAUGGAGCCGUUUAUAGAGAUUUCACAUAUGCUGAGUAUUACAAUAAGUUCUGGAGCAGGAACUUGGACCAGGAGCACUGUUUGGAACUAUUCAAGAACUAGUAUUGUUCGUCACUUAGACCAUUAGAUUACGCAGAAUCUCUUUAUUGAUCUUCACCGAUGAUAAUCCUACCGUCAUUCUUUUUGAAUUUGUCAAGCUUUCCAACUGCAUUCGCUGUCGGGGAGAAAGCUGCAGCAGAUGUUUAGCAUAAAGCAGACGAAUGGCAGUUUUAGUAUCUCUAGUGUCUCAAAUUUUUAGCUGUACUCGGUAAUAAUCCUUGUGAUGCUGUUAUUCUGCUGGGAGGCAGAUGUUAAAUUAUAUAUGAACAAUAGUAUUACUGUAAUUGUAGGUUUAUGUUGUCCUUAA